ACUGUUGGCUAAACAAUGAUUUGUUAUCAUCAUUAAUUGUGACAAUUAAUACGAUUACUUUGGAUCAUCACCAUGUAUCAUAAACAAUGAGGUGAGACGAUACUACACACAUCCAAUAGAGGUCGCUGCUCUCCAAGUUCAAGUUCCAAAGCAGUAUUUACAAUUCAUCAGGAAUCGACCGGACAAGGGUUUACGUUAUAACAUCAAAUCAUCUAAUGCCACCAUCUUAAACACCGUCCAUAACCAUUUAAAAUGCAUAUCGCUUCAUGCAGUAUUUAUAUGGAGAACGGUUAGAUUGUGUUUCAUUUUAUUUAAGCUAUCGAUCUCCGUAUCCACGUUCUUCACGCAAGAAUGCCCAUAAAAUCAAUAUAAUAUAUGUAUUGGUUUUUGAGUACAAACAGAGGGUAGCUGGACAUGUAGACGACCAACAGCAAAAACAUUAUAAGACAACUGCGUACACGCAAGAACAUACGAUAUAUUUUCAAUAGGAUUAAAAAUAAAAACAAAUCAGAAAUCAAUAUAUCGGGUGUACGAUCACAACAACAGGCCAGAAGGUUCUUCAUCUGACCAUGAGAAACCUAAAACCACUCAAGCGGCGCGUUGCUCGCAUGAUCGCGUCAGAUCUGAUCAGCGUCUCGUAAUAUCUAUCUAUAGUGAUAAUAAAAAAAUCAAUAACCGUAUAAACUCUCUUCUUUUAACGGAUGAAAACGUAUCCAGCAUCCCCCUCCCGCUCCUGCACCACGGGGAGCUCGACUCAACGCGGAAACUCCAUCCCGCGUUUUCUGCCUUUUAUUGAGGACGCUCUCAAUAAUUGUUUUCAGUAGUCCUUCCUAUUCAAUAUCGCAGGUCGGCGUUCGUUCGAUAACUCCGUUCCUCGCGCGCCCGCGCCGUUCGAUCUGCUCCGCUCCGUGUUUUGCGCGCGCUCCCCCGCCUCUCACUCUCUCGCUCGCGCUCUCUCUCUCGCUGAACUCCAGCCCCUCUCGCGCUCUCUCUAUCAGCCUUUCAUUCCGUCUCAAUAUGUCUCAAGAUGGCGGCCAAUGCGGGAUCGAUGUUUCAAUAUUGGAAACGCUUUGAUUUGCAGCAGCUCCAGAAAGAACUGGAUGCCACCGCCGCAGCCCUGGCCAACAGACAGGAUGAAAGCGAGCAGUCCAGGAAAAAACUCAUUGACCAAAGCCGCGAGUUCAAGAAGGAUACUCCAGAGGAUUUGCGUAAACAGAUAGCUCCUUUGCUGAAGGGCUUCCAAGCAGAGAUCGACGCCUUGAGUAAAAGAAGUAAAGAAUCAGAGGCUGCUUUCCUCAGCGUGUACAAGAGAUUAAUCGAUGUCCCAGAUCCUGUCUCGACUCUGGAGGCAGCUCAGCAACUCCAGGUGACUGUUCGGAAGAUGCACGACUUGGAGACAGAAAACCAGAGGCUCAAAGAUACACUACAAGAGUACGAAUGCGAAAUUGCAGAGGUUAAAAACCAAGAAGUCACUAUUAAAGCACUUAAAGAGAAGUUGGAGCAGUAUGAGCGUUCUCUGCAGGCCAAGAACACAGAGGAAGCUCCCGAUCAGAACCAGGACCGAUCAGGAAGAGAAGAGAGGGAAAGCAAAGGGGAAAACCUUCCUAACAACUAUGCAGACAAGGAGAGUCAGCCACAGCAGAGCCAGGACAGCAGGACAGAAGACUUGGACAUGAAAACGCAGUCCUUACAAACAGCACUUGAAGCAACUCAGGCAGAACUCCAUGAACUGAAGACUAAAUACGAUGAAGAAUCCACAGCAAAGGCCAAUGAGAUUGAAGUGGUGAUGACAGAUUUGGAAAGAGCCAAUCAGAGGGCCGAGGCGGCAGAGAGGGAGGCCGUGAGCCUGAGGGAGCAGCUCACUUCAGCUGGCAAAACCCUGCAACCAUCCAAUCAGAUCCAGAAAGCACCGGAAGUAGACAAGUCUCUGGAGGCGCUAUCUUGCAGCAGUCUGGAGGCAGAGCUGGGUGCAAAGGAAAGGGAGGUAGAGCGUUUGGCCGAGGACGUUCAGAGACUUCAAGCCAGUCUGGCCCAGCUCAGCGAGACCUCCACCAAUCAGAUCAGCCAGCUCGAGCAGCAGCUGAGCUCCAAAGAGGCCCUAUUAAAGCAACUUCAAGAAAAGCUUCAAGAGCAGUCAGACUACGAGGAGAUCAAACGAGAACUCUGCAACCUGAAAUCAAUGGAGCACAACUCAUCAGAUCAUCACUCUUCAGUACAGGACUCAUCCAAGCCAUUGGAGAUGUUGCUGACGGGGAAAGUCCAUAGCCGGCUGUCUGAGAGCGCUUUGAAACGACUGGCCAACAAUGACUUCAGUGGAUCAGUGGGGCGGAAAAGUAAAGAAACCACAGUGGAAAACCCUCAGCGUUUUCCUGCCACUCCAGUCCCUACCACACUCCAGGGGUCCCCUCCUCCCCCCUCCCCUCAGCUUUUGAUGAGGACGGGCACCGCUACCUCCGAAUCUGCUGCCAGUGCCAACGGUACACACCCUUUCUCCCCCACGGGCAUCGGGCCAGACUUCUUUACCCCCGGCAUGGCCAGCGUGGGCGCCACGUUCCCCCCGUUGGCUGGCAAAAUGGCACUCAACUCUCUUCUUCAGAGGCAGCUCAUGCAAACCAUCUACACCAAAGCCCUCCAGGACCCUUCUCCAAGUUCUGUGCUCUUCGGGCUGCCCCAUUACGCUACAACCAACUCUCUCUCCAGCCCCCUACCCCCUCAGUCAGCGGGCAGCCCGGAGGUUAAUGGCCUGGCACCCUCUCCCAGCCAGUCUGAGGGUGCAGGCAGCACGUCGGAAGGGGAGGAAAUGGACACGGCUGAGAUUGCGCGACAGGUCAAGGAGCAGCUGAUCAAACACAACAUCGGCCAGCGUGUGUUCGGCCAUUAUGUGUUGGGUCUGUCCCAAGGCUCGGUCAGUGAGAUUCUGGCCCGGCCCAAACCCUGGAGCAAGUUAACUAUCCGUGGCAAAGAGCCCUUUCACAAGAUGAAGCACUUCCUGUCUGAUGAGCAGAACAUCCUGGCGCUGAGGAGCAUCCAGGGCAGGCAGAGAGAGAACCCAGGCCAGAACCUGAACAGAGUGUUUCAGGAUGUUCCGAAGCGAAGAACCGGCUCGGAAGGCUCCACGCGGCCAGGUAACAUCACCACACGGAUCCGCACACCUGAGACCGGCUCCGAUGAAGCCAUCAAGUCCAUCUUGGAGCAGGCCAAGAGAGAGUUACAAGUGCAGAAAGCAGUUGAGAGUUCUCAGCCUCCGUCCUCCUCCAGCAACUCCGACGAGAACAUUCGUUCCAUCCUUGAGCAGGCUCGGAGGGAGAUGGAGGCCCAGCAGGUGGCUCUGGAGCCCGUACUGAAGGCCAGCUCUAUGGCCCCGACCGAUCUGUCGCUCCUGGGCUCCCCGCUCUCCAGCCUCCCCUACACCCCUAUUGCUCAGUCUCUGAAGAAGCCCUCCACCUCUCCUCUCUUGGACUUCCACAGUGGGGUGAAGAAGGAGAUGGGUGAAGUGGCCGUCUCAGAUGUGGGGGUGGACGGAGUGCACAAGUUUGGACGUCUCUCUGAGAGUGGAGGAGGUUUAGGUGGGGGUUCUUGGAGGGAGCACUGGUGGAGCACAGGUCUCUCUGAGCGUCGCGGAACCGGGCAGCCCUCUGUUAGCGAAGACGCCCACAGCCAAGAGGAUAGCAAGGAGAAGCUCCCUCGGCUGGGCAGCACUGCGCCUGUGGCUCCUGCUUCCUCUCUGGAUUACUGGAAAGACUGGCCCAGCUCAGAGUCCCCAUACUCCCAGAGCUCAGAGCUGAGUCUGCAGAUGCCCAGCGGCAGCGAGACGCCUCAGAGCAGCCCACUGCCUUCCUCCUCGCCUUUACUGUCCCUCCCCAAAGUCGCCAAACCCGUGGUGCCCCCGCUCACACCUGAGCAGUACGAGUACUACAUGUACCAGGAAGUGGACACUGUCGAUCUCACACAGCAGGUCAAAGACAAACUAGCCAAGAAUGGCAUCUGCCAGCGGAUCUUUGGCGAGAAGGUGCUGGGCCUCUCUCAGGGGAGCGUGAGCGACAUGCUCUCUCGGCCGAAGCACUGGAGCAAGCUCACGCAGAAAGGAAGAGAGCCGUUUAUACGCAUGCAGUUAUGGCUGAACGGAGAGCUGGGCCAGGCACUGCUGCCAAUGCCUGGACAGACACAAGAGAUUACUCCGAAGACCUCAGCCAGCUGCAGUCCUGCCCCAGAAUCCCCUCUGAGUUCGGCUGAGGAGUCUGUUAAAAGCCAGCAGGAGGAGCAGAUGUGCCGAGCGUCCAUCCAGGAGCCCAGCGAAACUUCCGAGUCCCAGCCCGGCACGCCUCUACCGUUACCUUUGCCGGGACACUCAGGGCUCGGCAUACAAGAGAUGGUAGCGAUGUCGCCUGAGCUGGACACCUACGCCAUCACUAAGAAAGUGAAAGAAGUUCUAACAGAUAACAACCUUGGUCAGCGUCUGUUUGGCGAGAGCAUCCUGGGUUUGACGCAGGGCUCCGUGUCUGAUCUGCUGGCCCGGCCCAAGCCCUGGCACAAGCUCAGUCUGAAGGGUCGAGAGCCGUUCGUACGCAUGCAGCUGUGGCUGAGCGACCCGCAGAACGUGGAGAAGCUCAUGGACAUGAAGCGGAUGGAAAAGAAAGCCUACAUGAAGAGGCGCCACAGCUCCAUCGGUGAGAGUCAGUCGCUGGAGACUGGUCUGUCAGGAAGUGACCUCACUCAGGGCGCCAGCCCCCAAAACCUCUCCCAGCAGCAGCAGCAGCAGCAGCAGCAGCAGCCCCAGCUGAAGAAACCCCGUGUGGUGCUGGCUCCAGAAGAGAAGGAAGCUCUGAAGAGAGCCUACCAACAGAAGCCUUACCCCUCCCCUAAAACCAUCGAGGAGUUAGCGAGCCAGCUCAACCUUAAAACCAGCACGGUCAUCAACUGGUUCCACAACUACAGAUCCCGUAUCCGGCGAGAGCUCUUUAUCGAAGAGAUCCAGGCGGCGGCCGGCGAAGGUGGGUCCCCCUCGGCGCGGCCCGGGAAGUCUGGGGGCGAGGGAGACAACAGCUGCGACGGCACCGAAUCUGACAGCACCACGGAGGGCCGACCGAGCGGCUCCGAGGAGCGCAAGGGCUUCCUGGAGAGCCCCAGCCUCAGCCACAGAGAUGAAGAGGGCGAGGCCGAGUUCCCCAGCGCCUCGGGCACCAGCAGGCCACGAGGAGGCAUCAUGGACAGCCUAUUCGGCAUCCCCGAGUCCAUAUCCGCCGCCGCGCCCCCCUGCCGAAACCCAAAGGACAGCAGUCUGCGCAAGAAGAAAGCAGCCAACCUCAACAACAUCAUCCACAGGCUGGAGAAAGCGGCGAACCGCGACGAGCCUCACGAAUGGGAGUUCUGAGGCGCCGCCAUGUUGUUGUCGUUUUAUUCUCACUUUGUCCCUCACUGAGCUAACCCGGCCAAGCCUGGUGCACACACAACUCCGGUUAACCCAAGGGUUUUCGAUUCGCUGUUUAGAAGUGGGCUAUCAGAGACAAGAACAAGAAAAGGAAACAAGUUUUUAGUCUGUUUAUUUUGUGAAGCACUUAACGGCCCUGCUGGCCACAGGGCUGUGACACCAUUGGCUAAUGGUGAAGACACAAAACUGAAAAGCACAGGAGAAGGAGCGUUCCCACGAAAUAUUCUCAAGACUGGCUACAGUCGCAAAAAAACAAAAACACAUUAUGAUAUCACAGUGUCUCUAUUUCUAAUAGAGACGUUCUCACCAACAAGCUGAAUAACUGUUACAAUAAUUGAUCAGUUCUCAAGAGUCUUGGGAGUUUCCUCUUUUGUAUCAUGUAGUCUUCAGCUGUCAGCAGAGACUAGUUCGAACCGGUUUCAAACCAGAAGUCAAGCAUUUAAAAGCAAGUGUUGGCUGAAGGAACACGGGUGCACCGUCCCACCUGCCUCUCCCUCCCUACCCCAGAGGAGGCCAUCCAAUGGCUAUGCAACUCUAGUACGCAAUGGAUUCCAGCGUAAUGGAACCCGCAUUAUUUUCACAGUUCGGAAGCUUCUCCGAUGCGAGAACAAAAUCCUUUUUAUAGCAAUUAAGUUGCCACCGAGAGAUUGCACAGUCAGUUGACUCUAAACAGCACUCCUUUUGAUUUUACACGCCGACGGCCUAAAAGAGAAAAACAAAUCAUGCGAACGAAAAAUUAUCAUCGUAAAUAAGAAUCCACGAUCACGCUAAAAUUCAUACUGUUGUUGUAAGGUCGACGCAAAUGGGAGACGGGAGUAAUUUCAUAACUCGAUAGCUAAGUGUCAAUUUUUAACGUUAUUUAGGUCUCUUGUAAGGGUAGCGCUCGUUAAUUUUUUUCCAUAGCUUUAAUCGCCUCCGCGACUUGCGUUUUGAAGCCCGCGGAGGUCUUGUUUAAUAAUAAACGUCAUUUUAGGCCAAAACAAAGACAGAUAGUGAAGAAAAAAGGAUUUGUACAGUACUUUGAGUAAAUAUUCCUGACAAGAUAUUUUUUAAAGAGAAUGAACAAGCCUGAUUUUUAUCCUCUUAUAAUAGAACCAUACAUCAGAGACCUCUAACCAAGUUGAGCGGUUUGGGCCCAUAGAAUUACAAUUCUAAUCCAAUAUCUAUGGUGUUAUAAAUUCUAAUUCUAUGGUGUGGCCAUGGGCCACUGCACUGUAUGGGCUGGUCCUCAGCACCAGGGUACCGGACGCUGAGUGUGGGGGGAAACCCACCUAACCGCUCGCUCUCGUGCAAACUCGAAACUUCAGGUUUUUCACCAGCUUCUCCAUUCACUGUUCACCGUAUACAAGCUUUUCGUGGCGUCCGCAACAUGUUCACGGCACACAUCUGUCCUCCGAGACAACUGGGAAAAUUCCUUACGAAACGGACUUGUUUUGUUUUUUCUUCAUACUGUAUAGGACUGAGGACUCGGACACAUUUGCAUCUACAUUUCUUGUUUAACACAAUU